GCGGAGUACAAUUGUUUACGGCAUACAGUACAAUACUAUCUCUGACCCGGUCUGGUUUUACUGGUCACUGGACCUUCUCAGCCUACACUUGCUCCUGGUAAUUAGGGUUGUUAAGGUAGUUGUUACUACCCUUACUCCAGGGAGUAAUAAUCAACCACUUGGGAGAGUGGGAGGGGGUUUCUUGGGCGUGUGAUACUUGGUUUCCGGAGGAGUUUGUUAAAAGAAGUUUCGGUAUGAGUUUGUUGCAUGGCGGUUUAGAUUAGUGCAACUGCGUCAGUCAUGGAGGGGAGAUGAGAAAGGUCGGAACUCCACCUUCCCAGACAGAUCCUUGCCUUCGAGCUCGUGUCUUUGGCGCAAGGACGCCAGGAAUCCACCGUGCGUCCGUGCGUGAUGCCUAAAGGAGGAUUCGUGUGGAGGGGUUCAUUCUGCGGGAAUGAAGAGGAUUGCAGUCGAGGGAUUCUUCUCUCGCCGCUGAAAUGCUGAUCGGUUUAUCUUACUCAGGUGAAGGUGGCAUGCACGGCGCGGCACGCCGGAAUGAGUUGUUCAAUUAACAAUUUCCACGCGGCUCACACUUCUUGACCUCAUCUUGUUACGUGAUCACCACCAAUGUGCAGAGUGCCUGACGGAAAGAUCGCCGGAGUUGGCCUGGUUCCCCGAAGAUGGCGAAGCACGGAAGGCGCCCUGUAAACAAGUAUGCAUUUGCCACCGCCGUGCUCUCGACUGCGACGCCCAUCUUCUUGGGCUACGACCUGGCCAUGGUGAGCAGCACGGCCGUGCUCGCGGACGCCGACCUGAGGCUCCUGGCGUGCGUCGUGGUGCUCUCCUCCCUCGUGGGCGCGCUUACCGCCAUGGUGGCGCAGUGCCUCAUCGGUGACCGCCGCACUGUCCUCCUGUCGGCCGUGGUGCUCUGCGUCGGCGCGCUCACCAGGGGGCUCGCCGCUGGCCCCGCGGCGUUCACGGUCGGUGUCUUCAUCAACGGCAUCGGCAUGGGCCAGGCGCUCAUGAUCGUCCCGGCGUACGUCGCCGAGCUCUGCCCCUCCUCGCUGCGCGGCGCCCUCACCUCCCACCCGGACGGCUUCGUGUACCUCGGCUGCAUCCUCGGUUCCCUCUGCUACUCCACGGGCUUCGUGAAGCUCCCGGCGCACCUCGCCUGGUGGCUGACCAUAGUCUCCGGAACGGCCGUUCCGGCCUCGCUCAGCUUCGCCGCCCUUCUCAUGCCGGAGUCACCCCGGUGGCUCGUGGCCAGGGACCAGAUGACCAAGGCCCGGCGCGUGCUCUCCAGGACGUCCGCGACGCAGGAGGAGGCAGAGCUCCGUUGGCUUGAGAUAAAAGCCGAGCACGGCACAGCACCGCGCGAUGGCAUCGAAGAGACGGUGGCGACGUCGGUGAGACGUAACCGGUGGAAGAAGGAGUGCGCGAUAUGGCGGGAGCUGCUGGCGAGGCCGACGGAGCCUCUCCCCCGCGCGGUCGUCAGCGCGCUGGUCGCCAAGGUCUUCGCGUCCGGCAUGGGGCGCAUGUCCCAGUACGUGCAGCGCGGCUUCCUCGACGUCGGCGUCUCGUCGGCCCGGCAGAUGCCGAGGGCGCUGCUGGCGUUCGGGAUCGCCGUGGUGAUGUCCUUCUCCGUGUCGCUGGUCCUGGUGGAGCUCGGCUUGCUGCUGGCGACGGCACUCGCAGGUAGCCGCGCGCCGUCCCACCUCCUGCCUCACCGCUGCGGCGGCCACGUCGGCAUGACCCGGCGGCAGGAGCAGCUGAAGCGGUCGAGGGGGCUGUCCGCGACCAUGCUGCUGUCGCUGAUAGCGCUGGUGUGGAUCGCGCCCGGGCCGGCGCAGUGGGCGGACGCGUCGUCGCCGUCAUCGUCCGGCAGCAGCCGGUGGCUGUGGGCGGCGGCGGCCAUGGUGAACAGGGCGUCGGUCUUGUGGAGCUUCGCGAGGGCGUACGGUGCCAGCUCCCUCCCCGUGCACGGGAGCUUGCUCGUUUGCCCCGCGGUCGGCGUGCUCGUGUGGUUCUUCUUUUGUGCGUGCCUUCUUGGCGCGAGGAGGAGGCGAGCCAGCUUCAUUCACGUACGGUCUUUCCCAAUAAGCACGUCCGCUGCUAGUCUAGCGAGCCUGGUCCACGGCUGAACGGGUGACGGCACCGGAGGCAAGUAGGAUGGGUUGCCGCCGGUCGUUGGCGGCACCAUGCUAGCGAUUCCAUUCUUGCAUUUCUCCUGUGCUAACGAGGACUGGAGUCUGGAGGGAGAGCAUGCAGUCGGUGUCUCGUGGAUGUCGCGGGGGGAUGGAAAAUGUUGGGAGCAAAGUUCCGAUCGGUCGUUAUCGCGUAAGCAUGAUAACGACGAUGGCAAUCUUCGUUGUCGGUGGGCAUUAAGAAACGGGAAAUUCUACUGCGUCUAGAUGUGCCUUGAUUUUA